AUGCCAGCAGACCUCAGUGGCACCUGGAACCUUCUCAGCAGCGACAACUUCGAGGGCUACAUGCUGGCCCUGGGUAUUGACUUUGCAACUCGUAAGAUUGCCAAGUUGCUGAAGCCACAGAAGGUGAUUGAACAAAAUGGGGAUUCCUUUACCAUCCACACGUACAGCAGCCUAAGAAACUAUCUCGUUAAACUCAAAGUUGGAGAAGAAUUUGAGGAAGAUAACAAAGGUCUGGAUAACAGAAGAUGCACGAGCUUGGUUACCUGGGAGAAUGACAGACUCACUUGUGUACAGAAAGGGGAGAAGAAGAACAGAGGUUGGAGCCACUGGAUGGAAGGGGGCCAGCUCCACCUGGAAAUGUUCUGUGAAGGCCAGGUAUGCAAACAAACAUUCCAGAGAGCCUGACUGGAUCCCGCGGCAGAGCCCUCUAGAGGCU